CUUGAAUCUACUCUGAGAUAGGGAAGAUGAAGCUGGUGAUUCGGGCAGGGAUAGAUACGGGUUGACUGAUCUGGGCGUCCAAUUCCUAUAUCUGCCCGUUCAACCUGGUGGAAUCCGGUUCAAUCCACUCUAUGAUCUAUGAAUAACGAAUCUCAAUCUCGUCUGGUCUAACCUGGACGUCAAAAUCGACUCCGACUUUGACCUCGAUGGCGAUAUCAAACAGGUGCUCAUGCCGCUCAUGAUGGCAGCCUAUACGCUGCAGUAUAUCGACAAGAGCGCCAUGUCGUACGCUGCCAUUUUCACUUUUCGAGCGGACACCAACCUAUCGCCGCAUCAAUACCAAUGGCUAGGCUCAGCCUAUUAUUUCGGCUACCUCGCCUUUUCCCUUCCCAACGCCUAUUUCCUACAAAAGUUCCCCCUGAAAAGAUACCUCGGAGCGUGUAUACUCGUCUGGGGGGUCAUGUUGGUCUUGAUGAGCGUGUUUAGGACAUUUGCGGGGUUGUGUUUCUGUCGGGUGGCUUUGGGGAUGAGCGAGGGGGUGAUCACCCCCGGGUUCGUACUCCUGAUCAGUCGAUUCUACAAACGGGAAGAGCAGCCGUUGAGGGUCGGAAUUUGGUAUUGCUGUAAUGGUCUAGGCUCCUUCAUCGGUGGUCUAAUCUCGUACGGGACCGGACACAUCGACGCCGGUCCACAUAUCCCCAACUGGAUCUGGAUUUUCGUCAUCAACGGCACCAUGACGAUCAUCGUCGGCGUAGUCUUCCUGUGGAUAUGCCCUGAACAGGCGGAAUCGGCCUGGUUCUUGACGCCGGAAGAGAGGAUGAUGGGCAAGGAACGGGUGAGGGGAAAUAUGAGCAGUCUAGAAAGCAAGGUCUGGAAGUGGGAUGGGAUGGGCGAGGCUUUGCUGCCUUGGCGGGAUCUUCAGGGAUGGAUACUCUUCCUACUAGUCACGUCCUACUGCAUCCCUAACGGAGGACUGGGGAACUUUCUUCACCUCAUCCUCCAGUCGUACGGGUUCUCGCCGCUGCAGACCAUCCUCGUCGGGUUGCCCCAAGCGGCCGCACAGGUCUUCAUCGCCUUGACGGGCAGUUAUAUUGCUCGUCGAUUCAAAAAUUCCAGGACGAUCGUCAUGAUGAUCUUCGUCUUGCCCUCGCUUGCGGGUGUAUCGAUUCAAUACGCGACGAGAAACACGGGCGCCCUCUUGUUCGGAUACUACAUCUUGCCCGGUUUCGUCGCCGGUGUAGGUCAGGCGUUUGCCAUGCCGGGAGCGAAUGCGACUGGAUAUACGAAACGAUGUACCGUCUCGAGUAUGGUCUAUGUCGCCUAUUCCAUGGGCAACAUCAUCGGACCGCAUUUCUUUGAUAGCACGGAGAACCCACCGUAUCGGUCGGGCAUGUUUACCUGUAUCAUCUGCUUUUCAAUCAGUAUACCUUUGGCAUUAGGGCUUCGCCUGUUGUAUCGCCGUCAAAACAAACGCCGGGACGAGAUCAUGGCAGCGGCUGGAAAGAGUCACGACCCGACGCUGGGGACGUUCGAGGAUGUGACGGAUCAGCAGAACCUUAAUUUUCGAUAUCAUCUAUAAUCACCCCCUCGUCCGGUGCAUGGCCAAGGCGACGGACUCGAAAGACAGCAAUGCCGAUCUACCGAAUCUCACCCGCCGCGACGCCUUCUACCUUCGUCACAACGUUCAAAGUCCCUUGAACAAAAACCGUUGUAUUUCGCCCAUCCAUUGUUGUUCAAGUUGUAUCAUGAUCAGAGGCAUUUGUAGACCUGAGGCAUCCAGCUGAUCAAUAACUCCUGGA